AUGUUAUAAAGUGCAAAAAAGACAGGAGUUCCAGGGGUCAGCAAUGCCCCGUUUGUGCCAGUCCCAGAGAUGGAAAAGGGCAAAGCUUAGUCCAUGUUCCUCGUGCAUCGCUAACCUGCGCCAAGCCAGCCAUACACAACUCCCUGAAAGUGAAGAACCUCACAGUGCCGGAUGACGGGGACUCCAGUUCCGUGUCUCCCAAGGACUUUGUAGCUCCUCUGGGAUCCGUGGUUCUGAACAUGACCAACCAAGCAGGGAGUCGCAGUAACUUGGUGUGCAGCAUCCAGAAACCUAAGGAAAUGUCUCCCGUCUCCUUUGACAAAGACGGCAACAGUACAGUUCUCAGAACAUCGUUCUCAGCGUUCCUGGUGUGUGGCAUCGACGCUGAACACAUCCAGCAGCUGUGGAGCAUCCUGGCACUGUACAGCAACUCUCCCUUAAAACUGGAAAGGACACUCCUGGCAACUAACGGGCCUUCUGUGAGUUACAAAUACAAACAAAUCUACUCGGAAAAAGAUGAACUUUUUACCAAUGUAGAGGCAGAGCUGAGCGCUGAACCCUCCUGGCUGAUGCAAAGCGAGGUGGCGUUGCAGCUGGACAGGACAGCCACCACGCUGAGCACGCUGCACAUCCGGUACUCCACCGAUGCUCGGGUUAUUCUGCCCGGUGCUGACGACAACCAGGUGAGAAAUAGCUGGACCAUCAUCUCCAGGGACAACAGAACACGCACGGAGCACACUGUUGUAGUUGGGGGGAGUGUGGAACUGGAGUGCCGAGCCAUCGGGGAGCCCGCUCCUGUGGUAGAGUGGAUUUUGGCUGAUGGGAGCAAGGUCCAGGCCCCGUACAUCAGCGAGGAUGGAAGAAUCAUCGUGGUUAAAACGGGAACAUUCACCCUACGGACAGCUGACACUUUUGACGCCGGGCUUUACCACUGCAUAGGCACAAAUUACAACGACGCGGACGCCCUCACGUUCAGAAUUACUGUGGUCGACCCUCACGUCGAGCACGGCAGCGUGAACGGAGCCCAGCUUUCUGCAUCCGUCGGCAGCACGCUCCUCCUUCCCUGCACAUCCACGGCCGUUCCCGAUGCUGCCGUCAGCUGGGUGUUACCUGGGCACGCGGUUCUUCAUCAUUCCGUAAGAAACAAACAGAUUUUUGACAACGGCACCUUGAGAAUACAAGGGGUGACAGAGCGAGACAGCGGCUACUUCACUUGUGUUGCAGCCAACCGGUACGGGGUCGACCUUCUGGUUUUCCAGGUGUUCAUCAGAAAGGACAAAGCCGCUCUGCAGCAACAGCAGGUGGCUGUGGGAGAGCGGGAGGAGGGCGACGGCUCUGGCCAAGCGAUGCUGGCCUCUGCUGUGACACAGACACGUCCUCCAGCUGCCUGGACAGCUAACCGGGAGCCUGCUGCCUCCGCAUCCGGGAGCUGGGUCACACAGAAGAGGAACGGCUACGGGACAGCGACCUACUGGCCCUACAGGGACAGAACAAGCAGGCGGUUCAGGGGACACAGAAGACAGUUCGGUUCCUCAGCCCGCAGGGUGGAUCCACAGCGCUGGGCAGCCUUUCUGGAAAAAACAAAGAGGAACAUCUCUGCAUCGGCAGAGAAACGAGGAGAAGUUGCCACAAAGCCACCCAUCCAAGUCCUCCAUAUGUUCCCAGCGGUACCUGGGGACGAGGAGGAACUAUCUGGCGAUCUGUCUCCAGAAGAAGAACUCCUGAUACCAGUGACAGCGACGGCUGCGGUGUCUGCCCCGGGGAGAGCGAUGGGACACGGGAGAGCUGCAGGGCUGGAGGCGGCCGCGGGGAACACUCCUGCUGGGAACACCCCAGUCCCGGUGGCAGAGGCAGUGAUGCCCCUGCCCUCGCCUCUUCCACUGUCUGUGUCGCCUGACAGCAGAAGGCCACAAUCACAUCUAAAACCCACAACUGCAAACUCCGGGGAAGGAUCUGAUUUAAGUCAGGUAUCAGCAGAGGGUGUGAAACAAUUGGCCGCAGCAGAUGGAGCAGGCGGAACAUCCACGCGCCUCCCUGCUCGGCACAGGUUGGUGUACGCUGGGGAGGGCAGCCACCAGCGUCUGAAGUCUGGAGCCACUACCCCCGGGACGGAUGUUACCGACACCAGCAAGCCUGUAACUUCCCAAAACGCGGUGGACAAGAUACAUGUUGUCACUGAGUCUGUUGAUAAGGUUUCUACCAACACAGAUCGUCAGAUGUCUGUAGUGACAGCCAGUGAACCGCAUCCUGAAUUUGGUCAGGAUGUUUAUUUUCAUAGUGCUCGGAAACAAGUAACUCCUGAGCCACUGCUGGCUGCAGCUACCGCUGCUCAUCAGCCAACUCAGACUGUCCAGGAUGUUACAACGCGCACACCCCAGGCCCUGCUGCUGCAACAUGGAAGACGAAGGAAGAUUCCUGGCAGGAGACGAAUUGUCAGACCAGGAUGUGUACCAAGCAUGAAAGAGCACAGAUACAACUUUGGGAGGCCAGGAUCUGCCAGAGGAGGUACAGCUGCGGAUGUUCGACUGAACACAGAACACGUAUCAAAUUUAUCAACCUUCAAUAAUUUAAGCAGCUCCAUCAACCUGUUUAGCCCAGAGGCACCUCUGUCCCCCCCCUCUACCAUGAACGUGCCACUGGAGCACCCAGCGGGUGCCCAUCCAAACACAGCCUUCCUCGGGGAAGAGGAAAAUGAACCCAGUGCGAGGCAAAAAGCUGCCACGACAAUCGUGCCUUUCAUCACGACGGGCAUCCAACACUCUCCUCAGUGGAAAGUGGAGAGCAGUGCUCCAUCUCGGACAAACACGGAUGGAGCCCAGCCUUCCAGCAUCAAACCGCCAACAACAGCAAUCGGCACAGCUCACACGACUGCAGCCACGGAAAGCGGUGGGACCAGUCUGCAGCCAACAGCUACACCCAUUACUGCUGCUCAGACCAACACCAAACCCACCAGAAGUAAAACGUUCAGAGUGGGGAGGAGGAGAGGUCAGAGGAGGAGGCGGCCCCCUAAGCCACCUCCUUCCCCAGGCAUGACC